AUGGCGUGUCCGCACGUGCUCAAGUACACGAAGAACUGGCCUGCGCCAAUGUACACGAUGCGGCCGCCGAUCGACAUGUUCGACGGCCGCGUGAACCACGCCGAGUUCUUCCAGCUGAUCCUUCCCCUUGGCAUGCUCAUAGGUUCGUUGGUUACGUUCAACCUUGCCGAUCGCUUGGGACGGGCCGCGAUGCUCGACCUCAGCGCCAUUCCGUACGUCCUGGUUGCAUUAUGCACUCUUUGCGUGUUGAUCAAGCAUGCUUAA